CCCGAUAAUGCAGUAUUAGUCUGUGGCCAUGACAAGUACAAAUUUACCUCUGUCAUAUCUUCAUGCACCUCUGUUCAUCUUCCUGUACGAUAUCCACCGAAGGGAUCCAUAGCCUGCGUUGCUAACACAUAUGCUUUACAUACAUGCUUUACAUACCCUUAACCACGUCGAGGCUAGAGCACGCUACUCCAAGCCUCCAGGGCGUUGCCUUGCGUGCGUUCGAUUGCGCUAUGUGCCACCCUUGCAUCCUGCUUGUGCCGUCCUUUGCGGUUCUGGUCGUCGCAAUCUAUUUCGUAGUCGCCGAUUCGAGUAGGGUCGAGGCCGGCUCGUCUCAGCGCGCCUCAGAUGCGUUCAUGAUGCGAGAACUACCAACAAACCGUCGGCCUUACUCAGUGAAAUCGGCAGGCCAUGAUCAAUACGAAUACGUUGCUGUGGCAAGUGGUUUAGUGCUUAUCGUGGUGGAGAGUGUUUCGCUGGGCACGCACAUGGCCGGACCGUUGUUGGGAAUGGUAUCACUCGUGACAAAGGACAGUUCCGUCUGGCCGUGCACACACACGCAGUCCGUUCCAACUUUUGCCAUGUGCUCGUUUUCAAGAUUGGUUCGAAUGCACAUUGAUGAGAGAGACCACCAACUUCGUUGCGCCGAAAGCGACCCCAUAUCGCGACCGAUCAGGCAACUAUACCAGCAACCAUCAGGCAUGCUCGUAUAUGCUGACCGGCAUAAUGAAUCCACAAUAGCUGUUCAGAUGUGGAUCAUCAUGAUCGUUCUGGGUUUCCUGGUCUGGUACGUAGCUAUCUUGACAGGAGUCCUGAACGACGUGCAGACGGUGGUGGAUGCGGCACAAAAGAUCAUGGAGCUUUGCUUCCCACAUUCUGGUCCGGGUCAGACCAUCGAACAAAAGAGAUGUGUUUCUGAGUCCCGUCCAUGUCCACGUCAGGCAGGUACCACAGCAGGAGUGAUCGUCUCGGGAAGGACAAUGCACUGUGUUUUUUCCAUUGAUGGGAGAGGAAAUGAAGGGCCUAUUGUCAUUGCACAACAGUACAGAUGCGGAUAGAAGGCGUAGUCUUGCGGGUUCGCAAUCGGCGCAAUGCGCUACCAGACUUUGUGCAAUCGUUGAGGACUAAGAAGCUGCCUUGCUGGGCCUCUUUUGUUGUUACACGCAAUCCAAAAAGCCAUUAUGCGCUCCACUAUGGAGGUCCG